GUGGGAUACUGCGGCCCAGGCAGGCUGGUGAGGCGGCGCAAUGGCUUCAAGCAGCGGCACCGACGUGAUCCAGGUCACCAACGUCUCCCCCAGCGCCAGCUCCGAGCAGAUGCGGACGCUCUUCGGCUUCCUCGGAAAGAUCGAGGAGCUGCGCCUCUUCCCCCCCGAUGAUUCUCCUUUGCCUGUUUCAUCGCGUGUCUGUUUUGUAAAGUUCCAUGAUCCUGACUCGGCAGUUGUGGCCCAGCAUCUGACAAACACUGUAUUCGUUGACAGAGCGUUGAUAGUCGUACCAUAUGCAGAAGGAGUUAUUCCUGAUGAGACUAAGGCUUUGUCUCUCUUGGCACCAGCUAAUGCUGUGGCAGGUCUGCUGCCUGGAGGUGGACUCCUGCCCACUCCCAACCCACUUUCUCAGAUUGGUGCUGUUCCUUUAGCUGCUUUAGGAGCUCCUGCUCUUGAUCCUGCCCUAGCUGCUCUUGGGCUUCCUGGAGCUAACUUAAACUCUCAGUCUCUUGCAGCAGAUCAACUACUAAAACUUAUGAGCACAGUGGAUCCAAAGUUGAACCAUGUAGCUGCAGGUCUCGUUUCACCAAGUCUGAAAUCAGAUACCUCCAGUAAAGAAAUAGAAGAAGCUAUGAAAAGAGUACGAGAAGCACAGUCAUUAAUUUCUGCUGCUAUAGAGCCAGACAAAAAAGAUGAAAAACGAAGGCAUUCAAGGUCAAGGUCACGCUCAAGGAGGAGAAGGACACCUUCUUCAUCUAGACACAGACGGUCAAGGAGCAGAUCAAGGAGAAGGUCCCAUUCAAAAUCAAGAAGCAGGCGGCGAUCUAAAAGUCCAAGGCGAAGAAGAUCUCAUUCCAGAGAGAGAAGCAGAAGGUCUAGGAGCACAUCCAAAACCAGGGAUAAAAAGAAGGAAGAGAAAGAAAAGAAACGUUCUAAAACUCCCCCCAAAAGCUACAGCACAACUAGACGAUCAAGAAGCACAAGCAGAGAAAGACGACGUAGAAGAAGCAGGAGUGGAACACGGUCACCUAAAAAACCCAGGUCUCCUAAAAGGAAAAUGUCCCGGUCGCCAUCUCCAAGAAGGCAUAAAAAGGAAAAAAAGAAGGAUAAAGACAAGGAGAGAAGUAGAGAUGAGAGGGAGCGGUCAACAAGCAAGAAAAAAAAAAGCAAAGACAAAGAGAAGGAUCGAGAACGAAAAUCCGAGAGUGAUAAAGAUGUGAAACAGGUCACAAGGGAUUAUGACGAAGAAGAACAAGGAUAUGACAGCGAGAAGGAGAAAAAGGAAGAAAAGAAAAUGGCAGAUUCUUCCUCCCCUAAAGUAAAGGAGUCUGCUGCUGAUAAAGGAAGUGGAGAUUCAGCACGGGAAUCCAAAGUAAAUGGGGAUGAUCAUCAUGAAGAGGACAUGGAUAUGAGUGACUGAAUUUUGCCUUUGCAGUGAACACAGCUGCAGACGUGCAUCAGUGUCAUUCCUGUGUGAUUCUUUUAUGCUGUACUUGUUAAUCCUAAAUCUAGAUGUAUACAGCUCCAAGCUAUACAUGGUUUGUAAAUCUCCUGAUACUAACUCACAUCAAAAGCUUUAUAGAAAGGUAACCAUUCUUGUUACGGCCGAAAGGGAUUGCGUAGCCAAGCAAUUUUUACUAACUUGGUGAUGCUUCAAGCAAAAGUAAAAAGCUGCAUGCAUCUACAGCAGGCAUGGACUGUUUGUUGUAUGAUCUCCUUUAGUAAAUCAGCUCACUUAUGAUAGUGUUUCUAGAAUUUGAUUCAUUGCAGUAAUAGAGCAGUAUAGGGAAUGCACUGACUGCAUGUUGAUUGUGGCAGAAACAUCCUAAAUGUUCUAAAGUCCUACAACAUAUGGUGGAUCUACUUAAGGGUCUUAAGUGUGACUACACAAAAAAAAUUGACAGUACAUCUGAAAAAAAGCAUUCUGAUAUAGAUAGUUUUCUGGUUUUGUUUUUUUAAGCCACAUGGCUGGGGUUGGUUUGUUUUGUUUUGUUUUUCCCGGUGGAUUUUGUUUGGCUUUGACAAAGUUAAAAUGCACUAACCUUUUUGAGGGCUUUUUUAAAUCUGUCAGUUCAAAUCCAUCUCAGGCAAGGUGCAAUGGUUCUUAGCUUUUCUUUUUGAGCCUUGGGAAGUGAAAAUCUCUGCUUGAUCAGUGCCCAGUGAUUAAAGGUUGAUUUGUGCGGUUUUCAUAAUCCAGGUUGUUUUAUUUGUUAGAGCUAAACACAUUGCAAAAAGGUAGUGUAUUUUAAAAUUGACCUUCGUAUGCUUUUAAAAGCAAGUCUACUUGAUAAUGUACUUUUUACUUGAUCUCAAGUUGUAUAAACUAAUAAAUUUGUGUUUACUGUCACUGCAGUAGUAAUCUUAUGCACACAGUGAUUCCAUGUUAUAUGCAAAGUAGUUAGGCAAGCUGUUUUCUUAGUUACCGAAGUUCAAGAGCUUUUACUUUUGUGCAGAUAAAAAGACAAAAGUAGGCUACAGUCUGUGCCAUGUUGAUGUACAGUUUCUGAAAUUGUUUUACAAAACUUUGAUAAUAAAACCCUUAAACUUA